GAUAGAGAGAGAGACUGUGUGAGAGAGAGAGAGCGAAAGAGAGAGAGAGUGAAAGAGAGAGCCUGUGUGUUACAGAGGGAUACAGAGAAGGAAGAUAUUGUGUGUGUGUGUGGCCAAGGAAAAGGCAGGGUGUGUAAGAGUGAGAGAGGAUAGAAGCAAAAGGUUUGAGAAAGACUAGUUUACUAGAGGGAGAGGUGUCAGCAAGAGGAAUAAAGGGUACAAAGAAAAAUAGGAAUACAGAAAGGGAGAGGGAGAGAGGGACAGAAACAAAAGUCAUAGCAGCUGCUUCAGACCAUCAGAGAACUGAGCCAAAGAGAACAGGAGAGAGUUUCUGCGCCAUGGGCAAAUCAGCUUCUAAGCAGUUUUCGGAGGAGGUGUUGCAGAGUCAUAACGAGUAUCGUAGGAAGCACCAGGCGCCCCCUCUGAAGCUGUGCAGCAAGCUGAGUAGAGAUGCCACCAGGUAUGCUGAGUCUCUGGCCAGCACACGGAUCCUGAAGCACAGUGUUGAGUCCAGUAGGGGGAGCUGUGGCGAGAACCUGGCCUGGGCCUCCUAUGACCAACCAGGGAAGGAUGUGGCCGACCGCUGGUAUGACGAGGUAAAAGAAUACAACUUCAACCGCCCCGGCUUCUCCUCUGGCACAGGUCAUUUCACAGCAAUGGUGUGGAAGGGCAGUAAGAAGCUGGGUGUGGGGAAGGCCAGUGCGCCAGAUGGCUCGUCAUUUGUGGUAGCCAGGUACUUUCCAGCAGGGAACAUCACCAACCAGGGACACUUUGACAACAACGUCCUGCCGCCCAAGGACUGAGGAACAUACUGACCCAUCACCCCCAUCCCCCAGGAGCUGACCAUCCAAAAGACAUUUGCACUUUGACUUGUGUCCUUGACUUUAUAUACAGUGGCAAGAAAAAGUAUGUGAACCCUUUGGAAUUACCUGGAUUUCUGCAUAAAUUGGUCAACAAAUUUGAUCUGAUCUUCAUCUAAGUCACAACAACAGACAAACACAGUGUGGUUAAACUAAUAACACACACAUUAUUGUAAUUUUCUUGUCUAUGUUGAAUACAUCAUUUAAACAUUCACAGUGGACGUUGAAAAAAGUAUGUGAACCCCUAGGCUAAUGGCUUCUCCAAAAGCUAAUUGGAGUCAGGAGUCAGCUAACCUGGAGUCCAAUCAAUGAGACGAGAUUGGAGGUGUUGGUUAGAGCUGCCUUUUCCUAUAAAAAACCCUCACUAAAUUUGAGUUUGCUAUUUACAAGAAGCAUUGCCUGAUAUGAACCAUGCCUCGAACAAAAGAGAUCUCAGAUUAAGAAUUGUUGACUUGCAUAAAGCUGGAAAGGGUUACAAAAGUAUCUCUAAAAGCCUCGAUGUUCAUCAGUCCACGGUAAGACAAAUUGUCUAUAAAUGGAGAAAGUUCAGCACUGUUGCUACUCUCCCUAGGAGUGGUCGUCCUGCAAAGAUGACUGCUAGAGCACAGCACAGAAUGCUCAAUGAGGUUAAGAAGAAUCCUAGAGUGUCAGCUAAAGACGUACAUAAAUCUCUGUAACAUAAUAACAUCUCUGUUAACGAGUCUACGAUAGUAAAACACUAAACAAGAAUGGUGUUCAUAGGAGAACACCACGGAAGAAGCCACUGCUGUCCAAAAAUACAUUGCUGCAUAUCUGAAGUUCUCAAAAGUGCACCUGGAUGUUCCAAAAUUUUCUGUGGACAGAUGAAACUAUAGUUGAGUUGUUUGGAAGGAAGACACAACACUAUGUUUGGAGAAAAAAAGGCACAGCACACCAGCAUCAAAACCUCAUCCCAACUGUAAAGUAUGGUGGAGGGAGCAUCAUGGUUUGGGGCUGCUUUGCUGCCUCAGUGCCUGGACAGCUUGAUAUCAUCGACGGAAAAAUGAAGUCCUAAGUUUAUCAAGACAUUUUGCAGGAGAAUGUUAGGCUAUCUGUCUGCCAAUUGAAGCUCAAUAGAAGUUGGGUGAUGCAACAGGACAACGACCCAAAACACAGACGUAAAUCAACAUGAAUGGCUUCAACAGAAGAAAAUACGCCUUCUGGAGUGGCCCAGUCAGAGUCCUGACCUCAACCCGAUUGAGAUGCUGUGGCAUGACCUCGAGAGCAGUUCACACCAGACAUCCCAAGAAUAUUGUUGAAGUGAAACAGUUUUGUAAAAAGGAAUGGUCCAAAAUUCCUCCUGACCAUUGUGCAGGUCUGAACCGCAACUACAGAAAACGUUUGGUUGAGGUUAUUGUUGCCAAAGGAGGGUCAACCAGUUAUUAAAUCCAAGGGUUCUCAUACUUUUUACACCCUGAACUGUGAAUGUUUACACGGUGUGUUCAAUAAAGACAUGAAAAUGUACAA